GAUGUUCUAACGCUUCAUGCAAUAGUCGUGGUGUGUGCUCUGCUCAGGGCCAUUGCACGUGUCCAUAUGGAUACUAUGGACAUCAAUGCGAGACACCAAAAUGUGACAUUACUGGAACCUCUACAGGGAUAAUUUCACCUUCAGUCAAAGAUGGAAGUAGACUGAUUUGUUACUUACAAAGGGGCUUGAUAUCACAAUGUGCUUUGCGUGUUUACGUCACUGGUAAAUCAAGUUCUGUACCAACCAUAGACAUUGAAACAUCUAGAGAAUUGCAAAAUAUCACAACAGUAGGAGAUGCUAAAAGAUCACAAGUCAUUCCAGGGAUUUCUACUAUUUAUACAGUAGAUAUUACAAUUAGUGGAAAAUUCAACAGUUCUAAGUUCCAGUAUAUUUGUGUUGUGGCGACUUAUGUAUCGUCAAAAUCUAGUGUUUGCUACGAUAUCAGCAUUCUUCCCAAUCCUGAAGAAGAUGCCACGAGUCUCGCAUAUCUCCAAAGACAGGCAAAGAUUAAGUUCGUUCAACCAACGAUGAAAGACGGAAGUCGAAUAAUAUGUAGGACUUGGGAGAGAUGUCAAAUAUUAUUGUACACAGGUUUUGCAUCAAACCGGUCUUCUUGUCACGCGACAAACGUAACUGCUUCAACUGGUACUGUAAAUGGCAGUUGUGACACAACUGAUAGAGAUAACGAUGAAGAUGAAAUGGACUUAGCAAAAAAAACUACUUCACCAUGCUGCGAAAAUAUCAUCACAUUAUCGGCUGAAGUAAAAGUAUUUCCCGCCAAUCCACGAGGACCAAGCUGUGUAACUGAAGUAUCCGCCAUAUUUGAUAGUGUAGGGGAAAAGGAAAUUUGCUUCCAUUCAGCCUCGUUUGAAUACCAAAAACUUUGUUACACAUUUAUUGUUUAUACCAAUGACAAACAAGGUCCCUGUUCCAGCUCACCAUGUCAGAACAAUGGGCAUUGUUUUCGCACAGAUCAAGAUAACUAUAAGUGCGUUUGUCAAGACAGUUAUGUUGGUGAUUAUUGUCAAACAGGUCCUUGCCAGUCAGCUGACAAUCAUUGCCAGAAUGAUGCUUACUGUCAAGUACACGAUGGUGUUACUACAUGUAUUUGCAAAGCCGGAUUCUUUGGACCUGAAUGCAGUAAAGGUCCUUCAAGUUUACAAAGUUCAUUUCUUAAAUUCACUGAUACGGCAGAGCCUACCUCUUUCUUCUGUGUUAUAAAUCAAAUAUGUAGUUUUUCUCUAGUACUCACCAGUCGGACAAAAAUGAUGUACGUACGUUUAUUUUUAUAUUUUGCUUGCCAACAUUUGAACAAAAUAAAGCUUGAUUUAUAUAACUAUAUUCCUGUCAAAUAUUAUUAGAUUAUCAUGCAUUUAACAAAUAUGUAUGAGAGUACAGGCAAAAAUCCAACAAGAUUAAUGUUUUUGCAUAAUAGAAGAAUGAAACGCCAGCUGUCGUCACAGGCGGGACUAUCUAGCUCAUAGGUAACUGUUUAGAGGAAACACAGUAGAGUUUUGGUACCGCCAAAACAAUAACCCUCGAGCUAGAUAUUCCUGAAAAGGAAAUACUCAGUAAGUAAAGACGAAAUUGUUAUGACAGUAGAAAAUAAAAAUAACCAUUUUAUUGCAAGCAGCACUGAAUAGUUAUUCUUAAUGCAUUGUUUUACAUGACUUUAUUAUUAUAGUAAAUUUCGUUCUUGGUUUCUUAAAACUAAAACAAAUAAUUACAGUGUUCAGACC